AAAUCAAAUGCAAAAUCGUAUACAAUAUAGUAGUGCUUGAAUGUGUCAUCCUGAAAAUUGAUGCAUAAAUCUCCUUUUCCCAAAAGAUUCUCUUUCAACAAUCUUUUUAACUUGAAUUAUUCACUUCUGAAACCCCUCUUCUUCCUUCUUUAAACCCUCUACUAAGCUUUUUGACAAUGUCUUUUUGCUGAUUUCUGGGUAUUUUUCUUUGAAUAUGGUGCUUUAUUUCAGCAAUUUGUUCGUUAUUUUAGCUAUUAUAAUCUUGUUUAAUGGAAACAAUUUCUGGGUUCAGUGUAUUUCUGGGCCCCACAUUGCUGAUGUUAACAUUCUUUUGCCACCAAAAAUGACCCAUCCUGUUGAGUAUCGUCUUCUUGGAAGUGAUGGCUGCUUCAAGUGGUCAUGGGAUCAUCAUGAUGUGUUAUCUGUUGUACCUGAGUACAAUGAGAGUAACCAUUGUUCAACAAGUGCUCGCUUACGAUCAAUUGCUCCUUACACUGGAAGAAAGGAGACUGCUGUUUAUGCUGCUGAUGUUCGCACAGGAACCGUAGUUCGUUGUAAGGUAUACAUUGAUAUGUUCUCCAAGAUCCAGAUAUUCCAUAGCUCUGUUAAACUUGACUUGGAUGGUCUUGCAACUCUCCGGGUCCGUGCUUUUGACAAAGAAGAUAACGUCUUCUCUUCAUUAGUGGGUUUGAGGUUCAUUUGGCAACUGAUGCCUGAAACUGACGAGUCAUCUCAUCACCUUGUUCAUGUCCCUUUGGGUGAUUCUCCUUUAAGUGACUGCAGUGGCUUUUGUGGUGAUUUAAAUAUUCAGACAAAGCUUGAAGAUAGUGGAGUGUUUUCAGAUCUUUUUGUAGUGAAGGGAGUUGGCAUUGGGCAUGAAAUUGUCUCUGUUCAUUUGCUUGAGCCACAAUUUGAUAACAUGACAGAUAAGAUCGUUUUGACUGUAGCAGAAGCCAUGUCAUUGGAUCCUCCUUCCCCAGUUCUUGUUCUUGUUGGUGGCACAGUGCAGUACAGUCUUAAAGUCAUGAGGAGGAACAUUCCUCAAGUUGUGCCUUUGCCCUCUCCAUAUCACCGCUGGUUUGCACUGAAUACCUCAACAGCUCAGGUGGAUGCUAUGAUGGGUGUUGUGCAUGCAUUAAAACUAGGUGAAACCAGUAUCAUAGUGGAGGAUACCAGGGUUGCUGGGCAUGUCCAGAUGUCAUCUCUGAAUGUUGUUCUGCCAGAUUAUAUGUCUUUGUACUUGCUGCUUUUAUCUGAAUCUGGUGACCCUUUUGAGGGAGUAAAACCUACACCCCCCAGUGCACGUUGGUAUGUCGUCUCCGGUCGACAAUAUUUCAUUGAUUUAAAGGUUUUCUCUCGAGGGCCUGAUGCUCGAGUAAUCUAUUUAACAAAGAAUGAGGAUGUGAAAUUGAACUAUGAUCAGCCGGAGCUCUGGAGAAAUUAUCCCAUACCAGAAAGUGUUGCCGUCAAGUCUGGUCAGCAGCAUUCAAGAAUUUUGGUGGCCACUAUAGAAGGACUUGGAAAGUUAUCAGCUUCUUUAACCUACUCUACUGACCAUCUUGAAGCAAAAGAGGUUUUGAAGGUUGUGCAAGAAGUUAUGGUGUGUGACCCAGUGAGGGUUAAAGGAGAAGGAAGGAACACUUCAUUGUCACCCCUUCUGCUUCCGUGGUCACCAGAUAUCUAUCAGGAAGCACAGCUAAAUGCUGCGGGAGGUUGUGCAAAUUCACCUGCUGACUAUAGGUGGCUAUCCUCUGAUAAUAGUAUUUUAUCUGUAUCAGCCACAGGUGUUGUUCAGGCCAAAAGGCUUGGUAAAGCCACUCUUAAAGCUGUUUCCAUUUUUGAUAAUCUCAAUUUUGAUGAGGUGCACAUUGAAGUUGCUCUACCUUCUUCAAUGGUUAUUUUGCCAGACUAUCCGGUAGAGACUGUUGUUGGGUCACAUCUUCAAGCUGCUGUGUCUAUGAAAGCAUCAAAUGGUAAUUUUUUUUACCGUUGCGAUGCUUUUAGUUCACGCAUAAAGUGGUCAACUGGAAGUGAAAUUUUCAUAAUUGUUAAUUCUACUAUUGGGCCAUCUAUGAAGAAUGAACUCAUGAAGAGCAACCGAUCUAAACUAGGUCCUACUUGUGCUUGGACCCACCUUAGAGCUACUGGUCCUGGUCGUACUGUUUUACAUGCAGCCUUUUCUAUGCAUACAAACACUGAUUUUAACAAGCAGAUAUUGUUAAAAGCAUCUGCUCCUAUUGCAUCGUUUUUACCGCUUAUUCUACAUCAAGCUGGAGAUGGCAAUAAGUAUGGUGGUUACUGGUUUGAUUUGGAGGAAAAAGGAAUGCGUGAUGGAUGGGAGAAUUUGAAUUAUUUAUAUCUAGCCCUUGGAUCCCAUUUAAAUGUUGCACUUGCUGGAGGACCCGAAAGAUGGAAGAAAGAAGUUGAUUAUAUUCAAACUGUAGAAGUUCUUGAUGAAACUUGUUCCCUUCCUAAGGAUGGAGUCCUUAUCUCUGAAGUCAAAAAUUCAGAAGGAAAUGGAUACACAGUUGUAUGCAAAGUGCUUGGUAACUUUACACUUGUUUUCAAACGUGGAAAUUUGGUUGGAGAUGACCAUCUGCAACCUGUGGUUGCAGAGGCAAAAUUGCGACUUGAUUGUAGCUUUCUUAGUUCAAUUGUAGUUCUUGCUGACGAACCUGUGAACAAGUUGGAUAUUAUACAAUAUGCUAUUCAAGCUGAUCGUGACCCUGGUCGCAUUCGCUCCAUGCCUAAAACUGUGGCAAAUGGGCGGACCAUUAGACUAUCAGCAGUUGGGAUCAGUAAUUCUGGAAAUGCUUUUGCCAACUCUUCUUCUGUCCCCUUAAGAUGGGAAUUGAACAACUGUCAGGAGCUGGCAACUUGGGAUGAAGCUUAUAAUUCUCAACUGUCCGUAUCCAGUUGGGAAAGAUACCUACGUCUGGAGAAUGCAUCAGGACAGUGCACUGUUCAUGCUGUGGUGAAGAGUCAUUUCAAUAAUGGCUCUCCUUUAUCAGAACUUGAUGCUUCAGAGAAUGUUCUUCGAGAUGCUGUUCGUCUUCAGGUUGUCUCUGCGCUACAAGUAUUUCCUGAAUUCAGCUUGCUUUUCUUCAAUCCUGAUUCAAAGAUGAAUCUUUCAGUUAUCGGAGGAAGUUGUUUUCUGGAGGUUAAUGUGAAAGAUUCUGGAGUUCUGGAAGUUAUGCAGCCUGCAACAGGUUUACAGUGUUCACCAUUGACUUUAGUUCCUAGAGGUGUGGGAACUACAGUGGUAGAUGUAACUGAUGUAGGGCUUUCUCCUCCACUUAAAGCUGCUUCAAUGGUCAAAGUUGCAGAGGUGGACUGGCUCAAGAUUAUGCCAGAGAAAGGAAUAAGCCUGAUGGAGGGAAGCUUAAUCUCUAUUGACCUUCUUGCUGGAACAGAUGACGGGAACUUAUUUGAGUCUUCUCAGUAUGCUUUCAUGAAAAUUCAAGUAUUCAUCAAGGACCAUAUAGUCAACCUUGUAGAUGGUGAUAAUAUAGCUAUUGGUGAUGGAUAUAUUAAUACCUCCAACUUUACAAUAUGUGGAAGAUCGGCUGGAGUAACAUCUCUUUAUGUUACUUCUAGACAGCAGUCAGGUAGAGAAAUAUACAGUGGAAACAUAACGAUUGAAGUUUAUGCUCCACCUUUGGUACACCCCAGUGAUAUAUUUUUGGUUCCUGGUGCAUCUUAUGUGCUUACUGUGAAGGGAGGACCAAGGAUUGGUGUCUUCAUUGAGUAUGCAAGUAUGAAUGAUAAUACUGUGGCAGUUCAUGCUUCUGUGGGACAACUAUAUACAAUAGCACUGGGAAAUGCUACCAUAGUUGCUACCUUUUAUGGAAGUGGAAGAACAGUCCUUUGUCAAGCACAUGGUAUAGUCAGAGUAGGGAUUCCAUCUGCAGCAAUUUUGAAUGUACAGAGUCAGCAACUGGCUGUUGGACGUGAGAUGCCUAUUUUUCCUGUCUUAGUUGAGGGAGACUUGUUUUCAUUUUACGAGCUUUGCAAGAAUUACAAGUGGACUACUGACAACAAAAAGGUACUGGAUUUCCACCAUGCCGAGCAUACGAGUGAUUUCAACUACAAACGGCCAAAUUUGGAGCUUAGCAGCUAUGGGUAUGAGGAGGAAAUCAAUUUUAUAAAGAUUCUAACUGGAAGGUCUGGUGGGAGAAGCAAAAUUGCACUUACAUUCACUUGUGACUUCUCGUCUCCUGGUUUUAACUUACAUCCAAAGGCUUACAGCGCUUCCCUACUCAUAAGGGUUGUGCCUGAUCCUCCUCUUGCUCAAGGGAUUCCAAUUACUUGGGUUCUUCCUCCACAUUAUACCACAUCAGAUCUCUUACCUCCUUAUUCAAAAUCACAAAAAACUAAAGAUAAUCAGAGUCAAACAGUUGCUUACUCAUUAUUGGGAUGUUCUGGAAAAAACGUUGAAGGUGUUAUUUCUAUUUCUGGCAAUAGUAUUACAACAGCCGAGAGCAACAAUCUUGCUUGUAUCCAGGCCAAAGACCUCACUACCGGGAGAAUUGAGGUUGCCUCUUGUGUGAGGGUGGCUGAGGUUGCUCAAAUCAGAUUCCCGAGGAAAUUAACAUUCCACCUUGCUGUUGGCGCUGAGCUUGAACUCCCUGUUUAUUUAUUUGACAAUUUGGGAAAUCCCUUUCUUGAAGCUCAUGAUGUUGUGGUGUUUGACACUGAGACUAACUUUAAGGACAUUGUUGCUAUUGAUAAUGUUAAUCAGAAAAAUGGAAGUGCUAUAGUCAAGGCAGUGCAACAUGGCAGAGCUCUUGUUCGUGUGAGAUUUGGUGGAAAUCCACGGAAGUCAGACUAUGUGAUGGUUUCUGUGGGAGCUCAUAUCAAUCCACAAGAUCCAAUUCUUCACCCUGAAAGCAAUUUGAACUUCAGUGUAGAAGGACUAAAUGGUCAAGAACUAGGACAAUGGUCGAGUGGCGAUGAAAGUGUUGUUUCUGUGGACUCACUUUCAGGUAAAGCUGUGGCAAUUGGGAAGGGUACAGUCUCAGUGACAUUUCGAAGUUCAAGCUUGGAAUUGCAAACUACUGUAAGAGUGCUGAAUGGAGAUCUCAUAUACGUUGAUACUCCAACAGACUUCUUAACAAAUAUUCAUAUUCCCCCGGGAGGAUAUAAAUUCUCAGUGAAAUUCAGUGACCAUGGAUUGGGAGGUCCUAGCAAAAAUGUGGACCUUCCUUUUGAAUGUGAAGUGGAGCCUACUUUUAUAGGGCAUGCUAAGCCAUGGAAGGAUCUUGAUACUGGUGAUACAUAUUGUCUUUUCUUCCCUUACUCUCCUGAACAUUUAGUGCAUACGGCACCUAAAUUGAAGGAUAAGAGACAAGAUAUAUCCAUCUCAAUCUUCGCUAAACUGAGAGAUGUAGCUGAUGUGUCAAGCUCUGCAUCUGCACUAUUUCUUGGUGGAUUUUCGAUAUUGGAUAUGGAUAAGGAAUCUUUGCAGUUAAAUUUGACACGAAACUUCAAUAGAAGCAUCAUAACAGUAGUGGGCAAUACAGAUGUAAGCAUCCACUGGUUUAACCGAGAUCUGUUGAUGGUUAGGACAUUGUUUAAAGAAGGUUCUGGCAUUGGCGGGCGUGCACAAUAUAAGGUUGAAAUUCUAAAAUCAAAGCCUUUUAAGGACAAGCUUACAUUUUCUCUUCCAGCCAAUGGACAAAAAGUAGAACUGUAUGUCAACUAUGAAGUAGGCGAGGAAAAGGCAUCAACUUCUGAUAUAACACUAUGGGCAGGGGUAACCGGGCUUAUAUUAUUGAUACUAUCUGUUGUCAUCUUUAUAUUUUUCCUUGACAAACCUAAAAGUACUCGCUCAUCUAUUGCUCCCCCUGCCCAAAAUGUUACCGCGCCUCAGACUCCUGAACGUAGAAGCCAUGAUCCUGAAGCUGAACGGUCCCCUCAGACUCCACAACCCUUCAUCGAUUAUGUGAGGAGAACAAUAGAUCAAACUCCUUACUACACGCGUGAAAGGAGGAGAAGAUUUGACCCACAAAACACGUACUAGUAAUCCUCACAGAAUGCAAUUUUGAUUGCUUGUUGUAACAUGUACAGCUGCUACCUUCUCAAACCAUCUGCAAAAUCCUUACUCUUUCUGUAUAAAUUUUUUUGAAGGUGCUAUAAAUUUUCAUUAUUUACUUAUGGACCAAUUUACCCUUAUCUGCAGUACUAAA